AUGGAGGCUCCCUCAGAAAUUCCACAGCCCUCCCAGGAUCCACAAGGGAUUGCAGAGGAGUGCCUUACUCUCGACGUCGACUUUUCAUGGAAACAUUUGAAAACCCUCAUCUCCAGUAAAGGCAGCCAGCAAGCGACAUCCCUCUACUCAGUUCAUUACAAAGCCACCAAACCACAUCUUACCUUCAAGUCCGCCGCAGACGAUACCACGACUUUUGCUACGGGAAACCUGCAUUCCUUCUCUAUCGACGCUGACUGUGAGAUCCGUGGUCGCCCCAUCACACUUAAGGCGCUCAAGCGUUUCAAGACAGAAUAUAUGUACCACUCAUACGCCUUCGCCAGUAGCAGCAACGAUGACGACGAUGGGAGUGCCAGGGCUGUGCGCAUGACCUGGACCAGUUCAUGUGGUCUCAAAACCUGGGAUUUUAUCUGCCUUGACGAGCAGAAGAUGCCCGUUGCGAAGUUUUCUGCAAAUAUCUGGGGCCUGAAGAAAGUUGGUUACAUCACUUUCAUGGGAUCCAAUACACCCGGUGCCCACGCUGCUGGCGGCAACGUCAGCGACGCAGUGAGAGAGGAGAUUGUUGUUACAGGGCUGACGCUGUUUUAUUGCAUGGUGCUCCGGACCAACAGUGUCCUUUCGCUCUUUGGUGCCAUAUUCUCGAGGCCUGGUCAUGCUGCGAGAAAGGAAACGGGGAAGGAGAAGCCGAUGGCGGUUGAUUCGGAGCAGCGGCGAAGUUAA